AUGCCAGCGCAGGACGAGCAGCAGCAGCAACUCCCGCGGGAGGCGGCGGCCACUACGGAGCCCUCCUGCAGAGUGUAUGUGGGUAACCUGUCGUGGAAAGUUAGGUGGCAGCACCUGAAGGACCACAUGAAGCAGGCCGGCGAAGUGUUGCGGGCGGAUGUGUUCGAGGACUUCCAAGGCCGCAGCAAGGGUUGCGGUAUUGUCGAGUACACAAACGUCGAGGAUGCCCAGAAGGCCAUCAAGGAGCUCACAGAUACGGAGUUGUUUGAUCGGUUGAUUUUCGUUCGUGAAGAUCGUGAAGACGGACAGAAGUUCAGCGGCGGCCGCGGAGGCGGGUAUGGAAGCAGGGGAGGUUACGGGGGUAGAGGGGGUGGCCCGAUGUGGGCAAGCGGCUACUAUGGCGGAGGGAUGUAUAGAGGCAGAGGCGGCGGGGGCUACUACGGGGGCUAUGGAGGACGAUUCAACGGUCCGCCUCCCUACAACAUGUACGGCGACAUGGGCUACUACGGAGGUCCCAGGGCGUUCCGCGGGCGCGGCGGCAUGCGCGGUGGCAUGCGUGGCGGUUUCGGCGCUUAUGGAGGUGGCUUCCGAGGUGGCCGUGGAGGAUACGCUGGUGGCGCGGGUGGCCAUGGCGACGGGAGCGGCCGACAAGUUUUCGUCUCCAACUUGCCGUGGAGGACUUCGUGGCAAGAUCUGAAGGACUUGUUCCGAGAAUGCGGUGACGUCGUCAGAGCCGACGUGAUGACGAUGCCCGAUGGCCGAUCAAAGGGUGUGGGCACUGUGCUUUUCUCCACCCCUGAGGGAGCGCAACGCGCGGUGGAAUUGUUUAACGAGUACAUGCUGGACGGCCGUCCCAUUUCAGUGCGAAUUGACCGAGUGGCGUAG